AUGGACAGCAUAUAUGAAGUAAUCUUACCUGUUUCACACAUAGUAACAUUUAAAUGUGUAUUUCUCAUUCUUUCUACAGGAUCACAAAGCUAUAUAGGGCAAACAACACCUCUAAAAAACACAAGGUUCAAUAAGUUGUCCAGAAAAACCUACAGAAGCGGGGGCAAUAAGACCAAGCCUUACGCUAGGCCUGAGACAGAGUACACAGUGUGUCAAGAAGAGGGGCCAUCCGGAAUAACACAGAACAAAGUCGAUCACACAACCCCUUACCACUACGGAUCCCUUGAAGACCCCUUAACGUUUUUGGAAUAUUUACGUGAUAUUGAACUCCCAGAACAACAAGAAAAACCACAAUCUUUGGGCAACGUCGGAGAAUCGGAAGAAUUCUUCAUCACCAGACCACACAUACCAGCGAGUGAGUGUCUGCCUAGUGAUUUCAGUGAUGUUUUCGAGUACAGCCUAUCAGAUUUCAACAUAAAUGACAUACCCGCCACUCCAGAAUGUCUCAGAAACAACCGUGAUUCAGACAUAGGUUUUGAAGAAGGAGGCAUAACAGACUCACAAAUAUCGCAGGCAUAUGAUGCAUACUUAAAUGCAGCAAUACCCUCUACUUUUGAACAGAGCCAUUAUGCUUCAAAAAAUGAUAUAUUAUCUUUGAUCGAUGCUAAACUUAGUCAACAUCAACGAGAAAUAGAGGCUAAACUUAACCAGCAACAACAAGCAAUACAGCUGAACUUGCAAGAAAUAGUAGCUAAAGUUAACCAAGAUCGAGAAGCAGCACAGGGCAACUUGCAAGAAAUAGCACGGGUUCUAACAAGUAGCCACCAGGCAAUAAACGAGACCUCAGGUUUAUUACGUCUCAUUAAUACCACCAUUCUAAAUAGGUGACUUUUAAAAUCCACAUCAUGGACCCACCCUGUAAAUUAUUCAAGCACAAUGAUGGUACCUCCGCUAGGGCUAAAUGGUUCGACUUUGAGGCUUUUAACCAUGCGACUGCGCAAUUAGUAAGCAAUUGUCAAGUUUUGCAUGCAACACUUAGUAGUCUCGCUGCAGCACGCAGCGGUGUGUCU